AUGUACCCAGUAUACGAGCAACUCUAUAAGAUCAGCCAAGCAUUGGAUGCUGAGGUCACUUUUUGGAAGCUCGAGGACAGUAAUGGUUGGAGCGCGAACAUGCAAUGUCUCCGCCAAGCUAUUCGCGAAAAUACCAAAAUGAUCGUCCUGUGCAGCCCAAACAACCCAACUGGUACAUAUCUACCAAUCGCAGUGCAGCAUUCUAUCCUGGAAUUGGCAGAAGUCCAUGGCAUCAUUCUAAUGGUUGACGAGGUUUUCAGACCGAUGUUUCACUUCUCGUCAAAUCACGAGGAGGAGCCAGCCUCCUUCCUUGAAAGUGGAUAUGAAAAAUGUAUUGUCACAAGCUCUUGCAGCAAGUCAUAUGGGCUUCCCGGUAUCAGAGUUGGCUGGAUUGCGACUCUCUCUAAUGACUUCAUACGUCGUUUCACUCAGAUCCGUAACUACACUACUAUAAGUGUUGGCCUGGUUGACGAGAUUAUUGCCGCAGAAGUACUCUCACCAAGAUGCCGACUAAGCUUGCUUCAAAGAAGUUUAGAUAUGGCAAAGGCGAAUCUUAGAUUUCUCAGGGAAUUUGUUGCCAAGAAUCAACUGAUCACUUGGACACCUACUCAUGCUUCAACUUCAACUUUAAUAAGGCUACACAACAAGGACGGAUCGCCCCUAAAUGAUCAAGAGUUUGCUCUAGAGUUCUUGAAGGCCAACAAUAUCCUAUUCUGCCCCGCUAGCCUGUGCUUUGAGGAGAAUGGCCAGGGCUGCCUUCAGGGCUAUCUUCGCUUGGGUUUUGUGAUGUCUCCCGAGACGUUUCGUCAUGGCUUGGAGAAGCUUGCAGACUUCCUGGAGGCAUGGCCCAUGUUUUAA